AUGGAAGGUCAAGGUAACCACGGCCCUGAUGAGAAGCCGAAGAGCGAGGGGCAGCACAUCAAUCUCAAAGUCAAGAGCCAGGAUGGAAACGAGGUAUUUUUCAAGAUCAGGUCCACUUCUACGUUCAAGAAGUUGAUGCAGACAUAUUGUGACCGUCAAUCGAUUGAUAUGAACGCUAUCGCAUUUCUUUUUGACGGCAGACGAUUACGACCUGAUCAGACCCCUUCCGAACUGGAAAUGGAGGAUGGGGACGAGAUCGACGCUAUGCUUCACCAAACGGGAGGUCGAUGA